CUUUCAUAACUUUCUCACAACACUCUUUCAUGUUCUUUGUGUGUGCUUUCCCUCAUCAUUUUAAUCCUAUUUUUAUUUUUUCAGCUCCAAGCUAACUUCACCCUCAUAAUUCAAGUCAAAUAAGCUAAGUUUACGUCCUAAUAGAUUGACAUUAUUUUGAGUUCCAAUUCAAAGUCAAGUUAAAGUUGAUACUUAUAUGCUAUGUAGGUAACUGGACUAGGCCCGCCCAAGUCAUGAAGCUCAUGAACAAGGCCCAUUGGAAACGGUAAAUCGUCAGAGCUACAGAAAAUGCGGCGAGUUGCCGCUUGAAUAGUUGCAGGAUCUGAGGUGUCAAUUGUUAGGGACGCACGCCACUUCUUCUACCUCGUGGCUGUCAACCAAACUCUUCUUAUUUACGCUCUUUGUCUUGUUUGAUUUUGACCCACGAAAACAGAACACCCAACAACAAAAAUCCCAUUUUUUCUCUUAUCAUUUUGUUUGUCUUUCAACUUUGAUGGGGAAAGUCAAGAGCUUCAAAGAGCAAUAUUCAUUGGAUGAGAGGCUUGAAGAGGCAAAAUCCAUCGCUGCAAAAUACCCAGAUAGAGUUCCUGUGAUUAUUGAAAGAUACUCAAGAACAGACCUGCCUGAUAUGGAAAAGACAAAAUUCUUGGUUCCUCGAGACAUGUCGAUGGGGCAAUUUAUCCACAUCUUAAGCAGCAGGCUAAACCUGACUCCUGGAAGAGCUCUGUUUGUCUUUGUAAAGAAUACAUUGCCUCAAACAGCGAGUCACAUGGACACCAUCUACGAAUCUUUCAAGGAAAAUGAUGGGUUCUUGUAUAUGUGCUACAGCAGCGAGAAAACAUUUGGCUGAGAAACAUCAAGUUUCCUGCUACAUAUGUAAAUUGUGUUCAUGCAACUGCAAUUGUGUGUGAAUAUUCCACUUCCAAUGGUUUGGCACUGGCUUCUCAAAAGUAAAAGACAGCUUUUAAUUACCGGUAACUUCUGUAAAUUUACAAUCUUUCAGAAAUAAAAUAGUGCCACAUUUAUUAUA